AUGACUCACAGAAAAGCUUUUGAGGCUUUGGAUACAACUCAUAGAGAUAUAACUGGUGUCGAAAUGCCAUUUGGUGGGAAAGUUAUGAUUCUUGGCGGAGACUUUCGACAAGUUCUUCCUGUUGUACCACAUGGUAGCAAAGCACAAAUGAUAGAUGCAUGCAUUGUAAAAUCUCUGUUAUGGAAUGUGAUCAAAAUACUCCCUUUGAAACACAAUAUGAGGGCCCAACAAGACCCGAAAUUUGCAGAUUUUCUACUUCGUGUCCGUGAUGGAAAUGAGCCGUUUGUACAAGAUGAUAUGAUUAGGAUCCCAGAUGCAUUGGUUAUUCCUUGGGUUGGUGAUGAAUCUCUUGGCCAACUAAUCGCUUCUAUAUUUCCAGGUUUAGAGGACAUUGCAUUUGAUAGCUCUUAUAUGGUGGAUAGAGCUAUUAUAACACCUAGGAAUGAGGAUGUGGCAUGGACAAGCUAA